CUUCCUCAUCUUCAAAUAUCACGCCAAUUUCCUGUCGAGUCUUACGCUGUUGGAUGAACUCACUUUAAUAUUCACAUUUAGUCUUCUCUUGCCAUUACAAGUUUUGAAAGAUGAAUACGGUAUUAUCAAGGGCAAAUUCCCUGUUCGCAUUCUCGCUGAGUGUGAUGGCUGCUCUUACGUUUGGAUGUUUUAUCACGACUGCAUUCAAAGACAGAAGCAUACCAGUGGAUAUCCACGUAUCGAAAGUGAUGCUGAAGAAUGUGGAUGACUUCACUGGGCCAAGGGAGAGAAGUGAUUUGGGCUUCCUCACAUUUGACCUCUCGGCUGAUUUGCGGCCAAUAUUUGAUUGGAAUGUAAAGCAGCUCUUCCUCUAUCUAUCAGCUGAGUAUGCUACUAGGAAUAAUGCCCUCAACCAGGUCGUGCUUUGGGAUAAAAUAGUCCUGAGGGGUGAGAACACAAAGCUGAACUUGAGGGAAACCAAAUCCAAGUACUUCUUCUUUGAUGACGGAAAUGGCCUUAGGUCCAAUAAGAACAUCACACUCACCCUGUCAUGGAAUGUGGUACCGAAUGCAGGGAUCUUGCCCCUGGUCAUGGGCUCUGGACAUAUUUCCCUCCCCUUCCCCGAUGCGUACGAAAGUACUAAGAGCUACUGAGUGAUCUGAAUAAGUUGAUAUUUGUAAAUGUUGUGCUGCCUUUUACAGUUGGAGCUUUUAAUAAAAGUGGAUACCAUAAGUGAGUGGGA